GAGCAUCAUGUGUUGACAACGGGAACGACGAAAUACCAAUAGCAUCCUUACUUUAGAAGUGAAACUGGAGUACGGAAUUCUAGCCAAUAUGCAAAAAAUUAACCACCGCUGCUCUCAUUACCCAGCAUUGCAGCUUACUGGUCGAUGCGUGCUUCUCAUGAAGAGUAUGGAUACCAACAAAGACCAGCAUAGGAGCAGUUUCAUGGAACUUACAUCCUCUUCCUCUCUAAAUGAGGGGAAUGACGUACCAAUCUCAACAAGACAAGCAUUUGCUAUCCCGCAGUCGCUGUCGGGAAAUUCGUAUUACCACCGGCGCUUUCUGGGCAGCGCAUCUUCUCGCCAGCAGGUAGACCCACCAGGCUCACUGGGGUUGAGAUCGGAAACCCAUCUAAAUGCAGGGGAUCUCCUCCUACAUGCAAUUUCCUCCUCGGUGUCCCGUCACCUGCGGCACCUCCCAAUGGCGGACGUCACUGGGAUCCGCACCAGUUAUUUUGAUGCAUCAGAGCGCUCCAAAAACGCUCUGGCUACCCUGGAUGAGGUUGUUGAAACUAUGCACUGGCACGAUGGCAGCGAGGUGCCUGCACUAAAGCGAGGGGAAGUUCCUGUUGGGCGUUUGGUGGUAUUGUGCACGUAUCCAACACGAAGAGAGUUCCAUAAACAGGGCUUACCAGCAGUUGAAGGUAGAUGUUCCACAGAGAAGCGUGUUCCGUGCGUUUCUGUACCACUCUUUCGCGCGCUCCAAGCAUCUGUGAUGGUGGAAAACGCUGGUGUGUUUUUUCUUAAUCGCAGAGGAUCACUAUUCUAUCAUUCUGAUUUUGAAGCGCUACAGAUGGCGAAGGCGGUCGCCGCACGGUGUCAUAGCGUGUGUAGGCGAACCAUGCUCCGUCCUAGGGUCCGAGAUGGUAAUGUAGUUGGAGUACAGCUUGUCAUGUGACAUAUAUAUAUUCAUAUGCAAGUCUGGUUCUGCGGGAAAGCAUAACUUACAU